UCCAGCUCUAGAGUCCAGUCAUUGUAAUAAUUUGUAUGUAGUCGGUAGUAUAUAAUACUACACAGCACACAGUAGACCAUUUAAUAUAGGCUCAAGAUUUGCUGUAUUAUUAAUCGUUUUUACGGACAAUUCCGCAUUGGCAUUUUGCUUUACCCAGUACCCUCAUUUGUACGACUUGCGUGUGCAAGCGUUCUGUCUAGUGUGUUGUGGUAGUUUCCUUUGCAUUUCAAUUACCGUUUCUUAACUUUAACUUAAUUAACUACGGACUAUAUCCCCAUUCGGUUUUGUCUCGUUGUUGCGUUUCGAACGGCCAUUAUGUCGGGAGAAGAAAAUGUGCUGCUAACCACUUCUGCUUCGCGAACUGAUUCAGAAUUCUAUGACAGUGGCGAAGACUAUGCAGAAGUCGACCCAGAGACGUUCCAUUGGAAUCUAACACGAGAACUAAGUCUGUUGCUUAACAUGAUCAAUUUGAAACCGGCCGGAAUUAAUAAACAUUUGAGCAUGAUGUUUAUCAGAGAAAAAAUUAGUAAAGAAUUAAAAUUGAACAUACCAUCUGAGAGUAUAUGGAAAUACUUACAUUCAAAAUGGGAUAUGCAAGAAGCUGAUAAAAUUGAAGGGAUACCCUUUUCUGCUACUCCAGAUGAUUUUGACUUGGCAGAUCAAGAAUAUGGUCAAUUCAUAAUUGAAGAAGGGGAAACUUUUAGGAGGCAACAUGAAGAUCAAACAAGAUUGAGAGCUCAACAAGAGUUGGCACAGUUGUUUGCAAAAAAAGAAGAAAUGAAAAAAAGAAAAUCUUUUCGUGGUGCUGGUAAAAUUAGAUCAAAGUCUGAUUCUAUAUCUUCAGUCGAUUCUAAAGAUGGUCUUGGGGAAUCCACUCCAGCUAUGCCAGAAAUCCCAGUAGUUAAACCCAUUGAAAUUGAUCAUGAAGAAGCUGGGCCCAGUACAAGAAGAUCUUUACGCACUAAUGAUAAAUCUGAUGAUAAAGAACCAGAAGAAGAAGAUACUACUAUUAAGAAAAAAUUACGCUUAAGUGUCAAACCAGAAGUUACCAAGCCAAAAGAUCCAAACGUUCUUAGCAUAAAACCAAUAAAUCAAUCAAAGGAAACUGAGGUUGAAGAUAGAACUCCUAGUAAUAGAGGAAGAAAGAGGAAAAACCGUAAUGUGUCAGAAUCUAGUUUUAGUUCUGAUACUAGUAAACAACACAACAACAAUAAAAAUACUACCACAUACGCUAAUGUAUCGGAUAGUUCUUCCAGAUCAGUGACUCCAGAAAACUUGAUAAGUAACAUUGGAAACCAAUCUGUAACUCUCGAUGUGACAAAUAGAAAAUCGAACCUGAGAUCAGGAGAUCUUAAAUCUAAAUCUGGAGUUGAUAAGCAAAUUGUUAAGCUUCAGAAUGCUGAUCCUAUUUUACCAGAAAUAAAAACUGUAGAAAAACAGUCAUCCACAGCAGAUGUAAAGCCUAAACGUUCAAUUAACAAACAAAACGAAACAAAUAAAUUGAAGACUAAAACAAGACCAAGAUUAACUUCGGAUGCAAUAGUUGCACAGCAAGCAGAAGUGCAACCAUCACUAGGCAGACGCUCUUGUAGUUAUAAGAGUUAAUUCUACUAUUGAUUGUAUCUAAUUUGAAUUCAAUAAUGAUUGGAUAAAGAGCGUGGGAUGGAUUUUUCAUUUAGGUAUAUCUUAAUACAGAAUAUAAAGCCAUUAUUAAUGAAUAAUAUUAGAUUGAUCAGAAACAUUGUGCUAAGAUAUAUAUAUAUAUAUAAAUACAUUUUUUCUCUUAUAUAUUCAAUUGCAUAUUUUAAAGUGUAGGAAAGUGCUUAAAAGAGGAGUAGAGGAAAAUUGAAUUAUGUUUCUGUGUGCAUUAUAAAAUAUAAUUAUAAAUAGUUUCCGAAAAUUUUGUAACUAAAAUAUGUUGAACGCCAAUUAAAUAAUUAUUUUAUUUGUUAUAAUUUAUAGUUUUAGUAUUUUAUAAUUUGUAUUUAUCAAGUUCUCUAAUAAGCAGUGUUUUAAAAGUUAUUGAAUAUAAAACUAUUUUACCAAUUUAUUGGUACUCAAUAUAGUUAAACAAUUUUUAAAAAGGGGUCUGUUAUUAUAAUUUUUAAACUUAAAAUGGUUUUUGAGAAUUCCCAUUAUUAAUAAUUAAAAUUUUAAUCUUAAAAUAACUUAAUAUUUCUAUUUUUGAAAUUUCAAACAUUAUUUAAUUAUGAUGAUAUUAUAUUUAUAAAUAAUGAUAAUGUUUGCUACUUUUA